ACAUAACCAUAGUAACAUUUUCAAUAAACUUUUGUAUUUUAUUUACUUUAUAUAUUUAAUUUAGUAAUGGAUAACACCUCAUGGUUACUAUCAAAUCUUUUUAAAAUAACCUUUUUUGAAACUCUUCAUGCCAAAAGUUCAAAUUCAAAUCCAUGUCCUCCAAAAAAAAAUACAGGAAAGCGUGGAGGAGGUGAUGCUUCAGCGUUGUCUGAUUGCUCUUGUAAUCCUACGAAACCUUCAGCGAGUACUGUCAGCGAUCGUGGUAAGACCGGAGCUGGUGUCACAGGUUCUAGAAGUGAAAACAGAGAAACCGAAAAAAGCUCCAACUAUUUGUCCGCUGGUGCAAUUAAUCCGGGACUACUACGACAUUUACACAAUGCCGCUCGAUAUAGAUUACCGCAAUGCUUUGAAGGCGCUUGCGUCUCGGUCAAACAGAGUUCCGCUAGUAAUUGGAUUUUUGGGCAUUCUUUGUCAUUUAGCUCAGUUUCUCCUGGCGGUUACAAGGUCCUAUUAUCGUACUUGGACAAAGAUAAACCUACUGGUUUGCCUUAUUUCGUGAUGGAAACGGCACCUGGUGGUCAGAUGAGUUGCGAGUUCCGCGUGAGUCCGACGCAAACCACUCGAGCCACUGUUGUUGCACAAAUUGCUAACGGAAAAUUCGACAGCUUCGAAAGUAUCGUGGAUGCAUAUUUUAACAGUUUUACUGCUUCUGUCAUUGCUGUAAAUAGAGAAUUUAUUGCAAUACAUUUCUUACAGGCAGUAACAGAACGUAUAUCGCUGGGUGCGGAGGUGGUUGGUCGAGGACGCGCGCCUGAGUUGACCGCGACGUCCGCGGCGGCGCGCUGGGCUGGCGAGGAGCACUCCGUCAGUGCCACGCUCGGCAGCCGAGGGCUCGACCUCUGCUACGCGCGGGUGUUGCGACCGCAUCUCACCGCUGCGGCUAUGCUAGAGGUCGGUUUUGCUAUCCGUAAGUCGGUGGCUACACUAGCAUACGAAUGGCGGGCAGAAGACUGGACAGUUCGUGCUUCUGUGGACUCGGACGGUCUAGUGGGAGCCACGCUACAUCGGGCUCUCGGAGGCCGACGGGCGAAGCUAGCCUGCGCUAUUUCCGCACUCCUAAACCAUCCUAAUGACAAAUUUAGACUCGGCUUUGGUGUUACUGCGGCUAUUGUAUGAUCUCGGUUUUUGAAUGUUUAUUUUUUUAUAAUCUUGUACAAAGAAUUUGUAAGAAUUUUUAUAUACAAAUAUAUUAUAAAU